UGUGCGAUUGAAGAUGUGUACAAUGUAGACUAAAAAUUAUUAGCAAUUAUCUUUUAUCUUUCAAUAUUAAUGAGUUAAUAAAUAGUUAAGAAUGAUAAAAGUGAAACAUUGAUCAAGGUUAUUCGCGGAUCUUGUCAAAUGCAGCUUUAGUAUAGAAAUAUGACAUUCUGUAGAGUUCUGUUAUAACAAAGUAGGUCGAACAGAAGAAUUUGAGAUUCAUCGACCCAGAAUGGCGCUCGCAUAGCAGCAGUUUACGGUAUGAAUGUAGCAGUUGUAGACGGAUUGAAGUGUGCUGAGUUAAUAAAUUUAUUAUUUUUCUUGACUAAAGUAGUUAGUAACAGUACAGUAUACAAACCUUCAACUAUUAACGUAGUCCAACGUGGAGAGUGAUUUAAUUUUUUUGAACUGUGAAAACGUUAAGUGAUAUUGUAGUGAACAGUUAUAAAACUUUUUAAAAUAAUAGAACAAUAAUGGGCAAAAUUUGUGUCGUGAAAAGUUGUCCAAGUGGACGUAAAUUGAAAAAUAAUGAAAAUGAUUCGCCUCAGUCUCUGUCUUAUUUCCAACCAACAACACCGGUAAGAUUAAAAAAUUGGAAAACUUCUUUGGGCAUUGAAUUGAAAUCAACAGAUUAUAUUUGUCAUCUUCAUUUUAAAGAGGAGCACAUAAAAAUGUACGAUAAGUUUUACAUCCAAGGAGAACUAAAAAUUUUAGGAAUAAUUUUCCUACAGUUUUAUCGCUGCCACCGUUUUGGAUGUUUCUAAAUAAUCCCAAUGAACCCGAAUUUUUGCGGAUGGAUCCUGCAACUAGGCAGAUCAAGAACCAUUUACGUUUAAACGAGGAUACAUCUGUUACUGUUAUUUUUCGUAAGCUUGGAGAGUUGCCUCUAAACGAGAAAAUUGUUUCAUUAAGUAAUAUUUCUAAUUACUCGAAAUCCGUAGAAAGAUGGCCAUUAUGCGUUGGCACUCAAAUUGACAAAAACAAAUAUUCGAAAACUUGUAAAGGUGUGAUUGUUGGUGAUGACACAUAUAAAAGAAAUCAACCUAAUCCAAGAUGUAAAUCGUGUCGAAUUUUACGAAAUCGGUUACAGAACUGUAAUUCAACAGCUAUUAAUAUGGGGAGAAUAGCAGCUAAAAAACGGCGUGCAACUCUUGUUAAACAAUGCAAACGUCUUAAAAGAAUGGAAACUAAUACUAUUUGUACUCUUUCAACGGUUAUAUAAUUAAUCAAAAAUUGAAUGUUACGAAGAGAGAUCCCCAAAUGAGCAGUAUUUAUAAAAAUUUGGUUGCCAAUUUUAUAGAAAAAUAUAAUUAAUUGAAAACCCAUUGAGAAGUUCUGGAACAUGAAUAUUACUUACAAAAAUAAAAAAAUUUACAGUACAUUCAUGUUUCCGUUAAAUUUUGAAUUUUUUAAUGGGAAUCACAUAUGAAAUUUACAUCUUCAAUAUUUACUGAUAGUUUGUUUUUCAAUAGAUUUGUAUAUUUUAAUUUUCCAUUAUUCUUUUUGUUAAAAUAAGUUUGAUUUGUACAUAAAAAUUGUUCAUUAAUAUUUGUGCUGGAAUAGUAAUUGUACAUUUAUUCUAGUAUACUCCAGAUUUGUAUAUUAAAUUUGAAUAUUUCUUUGAUUCUUCAACGAAAAAAAUUUCAUAUUGAAUAAAGAAACUUUUUUUAUUCACAUUACAACGAAUCAAAGCAAAACUUUGAAUUUGUACUAUGCAAGUUGCACGUUAAUAAAAUGAUAAUAAAAAUUUUGUUUGUUUACUUGUGUUAAUGAAGUAGUCAAGUGUAAGAAUUAGAUAUUAUAAGUUAUCUAUUGGCAAUUUUCAAUGUUACUAGAACAUUGAUCAACUCAUAUUAAUGAAUAUCUGUAGUGCUGUAUUUUUUAGAUUAUUUAUAUUAAAUUAAAGUAUACCUGAAGAUUGGAACGUUUUACGUGGAAUGAAAGUAAAAAGUUGAAAAUCUAUUGGAUCUAGAUUCAUGAAAUGUUUUGCACAUCAUCAGAAAAUCGCAGCUAUCUCUAAUUAUCCCUAAAGCAGUCACAUUACAUAAAUUUUUUAGUUUCGUUGGAAUAAAAACGUUAUGAUCUUCAGGUACAUAAUUGUAAUAGAACUUUAAUAUUAUUUAUAGUAUAUUACAAGCUUGAAGUACGAUUACCUUUGCACUACCAUCAAGGUUAAUCAGUCACAUUGUCUCGACUAUAUUCAUGAUUUCCGUAAUAUAGCAAAUUUUAUUUCAUUAAUAUUUAAUUAAUGAACUCCAAAAUUUGUAACUUCUUUAUUAUAUCUUUGCAGAAAAUUAGACUGAAAGAAAAAAUAUUUAUGGCAAAGUCUGAGUGUGCAAAAAAGUCAGAAGCUGUACUACAAGAAGCAAUUAAGACGUUACCAACAGAACAUACCAUUUUCUAAUCUUAUAAAUAUAUUUAUUUUUUUAAUAUUGACUAAUUAAGCGUUGAAAAAUAAUACACAAAACUUUUAUUAUAUACCAUUGUUUCUUACUUUAUGCUUAUUUCAAAAAAGUGCGCCAAAACGAAGCGGAAGUUGUUCUUUCCUUAUUUAUUUUUCUAUCUUACUCUAAUAACUUUUGGCGUGGUUUUUAAAAUUUACACUGAUGCGAUUGUGGCGCCACACUAAUUUAACGCAUUUCGACGGACACUUUUCAUACACAGAGAUAGUCCUCUAUUAUUUCUCAUACAACAAUGUUUUUUUUCCCUUGAUUUUCUGUUUAGGCCAUGAAAUCUACAUAAAUGAUCAUCGGUACUCUAGUGAUAAU